ACAAAUCUUUACGAGACGAAAAACAAUAGCUGUGCUCUCUAUACUAUACCGCAUAUAUGUAAACAUCUCUUGAGAAAUAAGGCACAAAGGAAAUUUGAAAGCGUCCUACCGCCUUCAAAAACCCAAAAUUGUACAGAAGAGGGAACACACCACAACCCCACCGCCUUCUAUUUCUUCGACACCCAAAUACGAGCCAUGGAGGACGACGGCCCAAUGAGGUUCAUCAAUCUUCUCCAUCAUUGGCGAGAGUUUCCAACCGACCAAGAUGAUUUUGUCUUUUCUUCUUCUUCUUCCCAAGAUACUCUCUCUCAGUCCCUCUCUUCUUCCUCCGAAACCUACAUGCUCGGUUUUGUCAUCGCCAACAUUGUUGGGAUGAAGUACUACUCGGGCACUAUUAAUGGCCGAGAAAUGGUUGGUCUCAUUCGGGAACCCCUCAACCCUUACGAUUCCAACGCCAUUAGAGUUAUCAACACGAGAAUGGCUCAGGUCGGCCACAUUGAGCGAGCUGUGGCAGCCGUACUGGCGCCUUUGAUUGAUUCCAACUCUAUCGCUGUCGAAGGCAUUGUCCCCAAAGGAAAAGCUGCCGCUAACAGGUACAAGAUUCCUUGUCAAAUUCAUAUUUUCGCUAAAGUUGAAGCCUUUCCCGCUUUGAAAGAUGCAAUAUUGCGAUCGGGGUUGCAGUUGAUUUCGGAUAACGACGUGUCUUUUACACUCUCUGAGGCUAUGGUGGUUGAGGAGAAAAAGGGUAAGAAGGGGAUGAAGAGUUUGGAUAAGAUUUUCAAGUUGGUGGAUAAGAAUUUGAGCAAGAAGGGGCAAUUGCAAGUAUUGGAGCCCCCAAAAGAAGCCAUUAAAUCAGAGCUUUUCUUGCACCAGAAGGAAGGGUUAUGGUGGCUGGCCCAAAGAGAAAAUUCCCGUGAAUUGCCUCCUUUUUGGGAAGACAAAAAUGGUUGUUAUGUGAAUGUGUUAACGAAUUACGAAACCAAUUCUCGACCGGAGCCUUUGCGAGGUGGGAUUUUUGCAGACGAUAUGGGAUUGGGUAAGACUCUAACUUUGCUCUCUUUGAUAGCUUUUGAUAAAUAUUCUAGUAGUGGCAGUGUUAGUAGUAGUCUUCCUUUGUCAAUUGGAAAUGAAGAUAAGCUCGAUGAAGUUGGCGAGGAGGGUCAGGAAGUUUCUGUUUUGGGCGGUAAUAAAGGCAAGAGGGGAAGACCCAGCAAAAAAACUACAGGGUCGAAGAAGAAACAAAAAGUUGGGGACACCACCAGUUUGAUAUUUGACAAGUCUUCAGGUUGUAAACCAACGUUGAUUGUAUGCCCUCCUUCUGUUUUUUCAACAUGGAUCACACAGUUGGGAGACCACACCAUGACCGGAAGUUUUAAGGUAUAUAUGUAUUAUGGAGAUAGGACUAAUGAUGCUGAAGAACUGAAGAAGUACGAUAUUGUUUUGACAACAUAUAGUACAUUGGCUACUGAGCAUUCUUGGCCUAAGUCUGCUGCUAAGCAAGUUAACUGGUGGAGGGUUAUUUUGGACGAGGCUCACUUGAUUAAGAACUCUAAUGCUUUACAGAGUAAGGCUGUUUGUGACUUGAAGGCUAACCGGAGGUGGGUUGUCACCGGAACUCCUAUUCAGAAUGACUCGUAUGAUUUAUUUUCUUUGAUGGCAUUUUUACGGUUUGAGCCAUUUUCUGUCAAGAGUUACUGGCAAAGCUUAGUCCAGCGACCACUUGCUCAGGGAAACGAAAAGGGGCUCUCACGUCUGCAGGUUUUAAUGGCAACCAUUUCCUUGAGAAGAACAAAAGACAAUGGACUAAUAGGAUUGCCAACAAAAACGGUAGAGAUUUGUUAUCUUGAACUUUCUACAGAAGAACGUGAAGUGUAUGAUCAGAUGGAAAAAGUAGCAAAGAAUGUUUUACAAGGUUAUAUUGAUGCUGGUGGUCCCAUGUGCAACUAUACUACUGUACUGAGUAAUAUUCUACGACUUCGCCAAAUCUGUACUGAUCUAGCCUUGUGUCCUUCAAAUAUUAAAUCCUUGACUCCUUCUAAUAAUAUUGAAGAUGCAUCCAACAACCCAGAGCUGCUUCAAAAGAUUGUCGAGGUACUGCAAGACGGCGAAGAUUUUGACUGUCCGAUUUGCAUUACACCCCCAACUGAUAUGGUGAUUACGCGUUGUGGCCAUAUCUUUUGCCAUGCUUGUAUUUUGAAAACUCUAAAGCACACCAAGUCUUCUUGCCCUCUUUGUCGACGUCCUACAACUACUUCUGACCUGUUUUCUGCUCCACCAACUUCUUCGGAUGCUGAUAAUGAUUCAUCCUCCUCAAGGCCAUUCAUGUCUUCAAAAGUGUCUGCUCUUCUGAAACUUCUUGUGGCAUCAAGAGAUCAAAACUCAGCAACAAAGUCAGUAGUAUUUUCACAAUUCAGGAAGAUGUUAAUCUUACUUGAAAAGCCACUAGAAGAAGCUGGUUUCAAGACUUUGCGAUUAGACGGUUCUAUGAAUGCAAAGAGAAGGGCUAAAGUUAUUGAAGAAUUUGGAAGCUCAAAAGAUGGACCAACAAUCUUGCUUGCAAGUCUAAAGGCUUCAGGAACUGGUAUAAACCUUACAGCUGCUUCUAGAGUUUACUUCUUGGAGCCAUGGUGGAACCCAGCAGUUGAAGAUCAGGCCAUGGACCGAGUCCAUAGAAUUGGACAAACAGAGGAUGUGAAGAUUGUGAGGUUAAUUUCUCGAAACAGCAUCGAAGAAAGAAUUCUGGAAUUACAAGAACGUAAGAGGAGACUUGCAAAAGAAGCUUUUGGAAGACAGGGAUCAAAGGAUAGAAGAGAAAUUGGGAUCAAUGAUCUUCGCACCCUAGUGUCUCUUGAGCCCAAAGUAUGAUGAGUAUGCUCACAUAGACAUGUACAUUUGUUUUCUGUAUAGGAUAGGAACAAAUGUCAAAUCUCUCUAUAAUGCAUUUUUACAUUUUUCAUUGCUUUUCUUAGAGGACUCGUAGAAUUUUUAAAAUAUUUGAAGAACCAAAGACAUAAUACAUAGGUACAUUCAAUAGUCAAACUUUUUAUUUAAAUUUUUUUUAUAAAA